UCAAGAUGGCGGCGGGCGCCCCGAGCGGCUCGGCCCGGCAGUAGCGGCGGGACGGCACUCGCCGCUGGGGCCGGCCGCCCCGGGAGUGGCUGCAGCAGCGCCAGGAGUCGAGGAUGGUAAAAUGACCCAGGGGAAGAAGAAGAAACGGGCCGCGAACCGCAGUAUCAUGCUGGCCAAGAAGAUCAUCAUUAAGGACGGAGGCACGCCUCAAGGAAUAGGUUCUCCUAGUGUUUAUCAUGCGGUUAUCGUCAUCUUUUUGGAGUUUUUUGCUUGGGGAUUAUUGACAGCACCCACCUUGGUGGUAUUACAUGAAACCUUUCCUAAACAUACAUUUCUGAUGAAUGGCUUAAUUCAAGGAGUAAAGGGUUUGUUGUCAUUCCUCAGUGCCCCACUUAUUGGUGCUCUUUCUGAUGUUUGGGGCCGGAAAUCCUUCUUGCUGCUAACAGUAUUUUUCACGUGUGCCCCAAUUCCUUUAAUGAAGAUCAGCCCAUGGUGGUACUUCGCUGUUAUCUCUGUUUCUGGGGUUUUUGCAGUAACUUUCUCCGUGGUAUUUGCAUAUGUAGCAGAUAUAACCCAAGAACAUGAAAGAAGUAUGGCAUAUGGACUGGUGUCAGCAACAUUUGCCGCAAGUCUGGUAACCAGCCCUGCAAUCGGAGCUUACCUUGGACGAGUAUACGGGGACAGCUUGGUGGUGGUCCUGGCCACAGCAAUAGCGUUGCUAGAUAUUUGUUUUAUCCUUGUUGCUGUGCCAGAGUCGUUGCCUGAGAAGAUGCGGCCAGCAUCGUGGGGAGCACCCAUUUCCUGGGAACAGGCUGACCCCUUUGCGUCCUUAAAAAAAGUGGGCCAAGAUUCCAUAGUGCUGCUAAUCUGCAUUACCGUGUUUCUCUCCUACCUACCGGAGGCAGGCCAAUAUUCCAGCUUCUUUUUAUACCUCAGACAGAUAAUGAAGUUUUCACCAGAAAGUGUUGCAGCAUUUAUAGCAGUCCUUGGCAUUCUUUCCAUUAUUGCACAGACCAUAGUCUUGAGUUUACUUAUGCGGUCAAUUGGAAAUAAGAACACCAUUUUAUUGGGUCUUGGAUUUCAAAUAUUACAGCUGGCAUGGUAUGGCUUUGGUUCAGAACCUUGGAUGAUGUGGGCUGCUGGGGCAGUAGCAGCCAUGUCUAGCAUUACCUUUCCAGCUGUCAGUGCCCUUGUGUCACGAACCGCUGAUGCUGAUCAACAAGGUGUUGUUCAAGGAAUGAUAACAGGAAUUCGAGGACUGUGCAAUGGUCUGGGACCAGCUCUUUAUGGAUUCAUUUUCUACAUAUUCCAUGUGGAACUUAAAGAACUGCCAAUGACAGGAACAGACUUGGGAACAAACACAAGCCCACAGCACCACUUUGAACAGAAUUCGAUCAUCCCUGGCCCCCCCUUCCUCUUUGGAGCCUGUUCCGUACUGCUGGCUCUGCUUGUUGCCUUGUUUAUUCCAGAACAUACCAAUUUAAGCUUGCGGUCCAGCAGCUGGAGAAAGCACUGUGGUGGUCACAGCCAUCCCCAUAGUACACAAGCGCCAGGAGAGGCCAAAGAACCUUUACUCCAGGACACGAAUGUGUGAUGACUGAAAUCAGGAAGACUUUUCUACCACACCCAGGUCUUAGUUUUCACCUGUAGUUCUGGAUGUACAUUCCAUUUCCAUCUCAAUGUACUUUAAGAUUGUCUUAAGAAAUGUAUCUGCAUGAACUCGUGGGAACUAAAGAAAGAACCAGAACCGGACAGUUUUCCAAAGAUGUUACAAUUUCUUUUGAAAAGAAACCUUUUGUUUAUUAGCACCAAUUUCUUGCCACUAAGCUUUUUUGUUUUAUUAUACAUCCUUUAAUUAAAAACUAUAUACAUACCUUCUUAGAUACUAGCAACGUCUCUGCUACCAUUUCCUUCAGGUGUUGAGCUUUAACUCUAUGCUGACUCACAGUGAGACAGAGUAGGUAGUACGGUUAUGGACCUGUUUUAACAUUGUAAAAUCUUGGGUCAAAUAAUUCAAAGCCUUAAUGCAGAUGCACUAAAGUAAAGAAAUGGUAAAU